AUGACUUCUAUUUUCGAGGAAUCUUAUGAUGUUUUCGAGGAGUUGGGAAAGGGACAUUUUGCUGUUGUCAAAAGAUGUGUACACAAAUCGUCAGGCAAUCAAUUUGCAGGGAAAUUUAUCCGCAAGAAGCGAGUUUGUCGGGGUGUUCCAAUGGAAGAUAUUCAGCGAGAAAUUGACACAUUGAUGCAAUUAAAUCACUCAAAUGUUAUAAGACUGCAUGAAGUCAUUGAUACUGGCCAAACCGUUAUUCUACUUCUAGAGCUAGUCAGUGGAGGAGAGCUGUUUGACUUUGUAACAGAACACCAACAUCUGUCCGAGUCACAAACAAUUCAUAUAACACGCCAGAUACUGGAGGCAGUGCAACACAUGCACUCCCUACAUAUUGCUCACCUCGACCUUAAGCCUGAAAACAUCUUGCUCAUGGAAAAGACAUCCCUUCCAACAAUAAAAGUGAUUGAUUUCGGACUCUCCCAAAAGUUGGACUCCGUUUCUGAAAUCAAAACAGUCUUUGGAACGCCUGAGUUUGUAGCUCCAGAAGUUGUUAAUUUUGAAACCCUCUCCCUUGCUACUGAUAUGUGGGCAAUUGGAGUAAUCACCUAUAUUUUAUUGAGUGGCUUGUCUCCAUUCCUUGGGGAAGACAAGCAACAAACAUAUACAAACGUUUCCACUGGAAGUUAUACAUUUGAACAUAAAGCUUUUUCCGAAAUCAGCUCUCUCGCCAAGGACUUUAUUGCAAAAUUACUCAAAAAAUCACCGAGAGAAAGGAACACAGUUGUACAAUGUUUGAAGCAUCACUGGAUUCAACCCCAGGUGCCGGACGUCAUAGCCAGUCCACUUUCCGUUUUUGACGCCGUCCAAUCAGGAGAUGUCACAGCAGUUGAACAAAUUUUACACCUUGACCUUAAUCAGAUUGACAAGAAUGGAGAGUCAGUGUUGCACGUGGCGGUGAGAGCUGAUAAUACAGAGAUCACACGACUGUUGCUCUCCAGUGGUGCCAACCUAGCAGCCGCAGACAGUAUGGGUGAGACAGCAGUUUUCCACGCAGCGAGGCACGGCAACGAGCAACAGUUGGCACUCCUGAUCAGAGCCGGCUCUAGCCUCACCAGCUGCAACAAGGAAGGUGACACACCUCUACACAUUGCAGCGACAUGGGGUCACCUAGAAUGUGUCAAGUUGUUGGUAGAGAGCAGAGCUCUUGUAGAUGUGGUUAACCACCAGGGGGCGACUCCUCUACAUCUCUCUCUCACUCACAGACACUCAGACGUAGCCACGUACCUCAUACACCAGGCCGGGGCCGAUGUAGAACUGCAAGACAUGAAUGGAGAGACAGCACUCCACGGUGCAGUCAGAGAAGGCUUACUGGGUGUUGUACAGAGUUUGUGUCGUCUUGGUUGUGACACGGACAUUCCUAACAAACAAGGCCUAUACCCCCUCCACCUGGCCGCGCGAUAUGGACACACGGAGAUAAUCAGGAGUCUCUGCUUGGCAGGCUGCAACACAGAUGUGAAAAACCAAGACGGAGCCAAGGCCGAAAUUACAGCUCUGAAAUUUGGCCAUAAUGACAUCAGCAAUCUGCUUAACAGGGUGAAAAAUGGAGAGACCCAGGAAGGGUUUAUCCGUCAGCUGUUGCCCAAGGUCGGAUUACCUCCUCGGGUCAACAUCCAGAUUUUCGGACACUCAGGGGUUGGCAAGUCCACCCUUGUAGAGACACUCAAGACUGGUUACUUCAGCAGUUUCUUCCGCAGAAGCAGACCUCUUGUCAGCAACAAUACAAACUCCAUGCCUGCUUCACCAAACAAGAUGCAUAUUGAGAUGGAUCUAACAUCAAGACGCAACUCUCUCAACUUUGACCUGUACAACUUCCAGUACACGAGGGGCGUAGAUGUUCAACAGGUGAGUUUAUCAGGCGCAGGGGACGUUACUCUCUGGGACUUCUCAGGACAGGACAUGUACUUCUGUGUGUACCACCACCUGCUCACCACAUCUGCCAAGAACGCAGUGUUCCUCGUAGUGUUCAGCCUCAAGGACCCUCCCAACACUCAGCUGCGGCAGUGUCACUUCUGGCUGACGUUCCUGCAGGCCCGCAUCCCUCCUACAGAACCUCUAGGAACCAACGGAAUCAGUGGCAACAUGCCCAGGGUGAUUUUAGUGGCUACACAUGCAGACACGUCACAAACACUGCGCGACCAGAGUGGCCAUUAUGUGAGCGAACAGGCAAACAGUGUUUGUGUGACGCUGCGGCAACACUACGCGACGACUUUCCACAUCAAUCGCCGCGUCGUAGUUGUGGACUCCCACCAAGCACUCAGUCCUGGUAUACGACUACUUAAAUCCCUGGUGCAAACCGAGCGAACGAGCAUUGCACAGGGUGUUCCACAAAUGACAGGGUUCUGUGAGGCUGUGCGCAGCUGGCUACCGACCUUGCGCAAGUCCGCGCAGAGUUUCCCGGUUGUGUCGUGGGAUAGCUUCGUAGACGCUGUCCGAGCACAAGUCAACCCUCUGGCUGACUCACAGCACUUCAGUGAACUGCUGACUCAACUACAACACAUGGGCGAGGUGGUGUAUCUCAAGUCCUGCCUACACCCAGAUCUGCUGGUGUUGUCUCCACAAUGGCUAUGUGGGCCGGUGCUAGGACAACUUCUGUCCAUAGACUUUGUCGCCCACGCUCGUAUCACAGGCUGCUACACAGUGGAGGACUUCCAGUCGGCCUUCCCUCAAACUGACGCACUCGCACUACUGCAGGUCCUUGAAACUCUACAGCUCUGCAUACAGUGUGAUGUGGAUGGAGAGCCGGAGUAUGAGUUCCCAUGCUACAACCUGGUGGAGACUCUGGAAGGUCUAUGGGAGGAACACGACCCAAGAUAUAAACAAGCUGUGUACGGAGGUGUCAGGCUACACACGCCUGAGGGAACCAUGCAUCUGCUACACUCUGUCUUCCCUAGGAUCCAGGUCCAGUUACGGAGGACCGUGAUGAACUAUUGUGACUCGGAGACGGAUCUGUACCAGUGGUUCCACGGGUCCAAGUUGUGCUCAGGACUGAUAGAGAGUCUAGUGACUCUGGAGACAUCGUCACACACGAGUCACUCCGAGUGGAUAGAGAUCAAAGUCCGAGGACCUCCGCAUACAGCUCCAGUCUGCUUCUUCUUCAUCGAGGAGAUACUCGACAUUAUUGAUCUGGUGAUGGUGGAGAUGUGCCCGGGACUGUCUGUAGAGAAGCAUGUUCUGAGUACUUUAGACUUGAAGAAUCACUGUGCAGCAUCCUACUGCUUCCCGCCUGACCAGCUGAUGACAGCACUUCUCUCUGAAGAGAAGCUUGACUCAAAGUUGUACAACCCUCUGGCCGAGUGUAACGAAACUCUGUCAGACCUUAUAGCUUUCAACUCCAAUGAGGUGCGUGAGAUGCUAGUGCCAGCAGACCAGCUGUCUGUCAACUGCCUAUCGACUGUGUGUCGUCAACAGUUGUGCGCUCUCCUAGACCCACCCGACCCUCUAGGAAAGGACUGGUGUCUCCUAGCAGUCCAGCUAGACCUACAAGACAAGAUUGCAGCCAUAGAGAAGUCAGGAAACAGUCCCACAGGCAUGUUGUUGGACUCCUCACAGGCUAGUGUUGGCACACUGAUCAGGAAGCUGACAGAGCUUGGUCGUGAAGACGCCAGUGCAGUGCUGCUGCGUAACGCUCCUCUCUACCGCAUCAACCCCGAGCUGAUGCAGACGCAAGACACUCCGAGUGACAGCUCACAAAACCUCUCCCGGUAGAUCAAAAAUUGUCUGACAAACUCUCAUUAAAGCUUUACUACUUAUCUUGUAGCCUUCUUAAUUUAUAAAUGUUGUAUUUUUGUAGUUGAUAAUCUUGAUGUUACAAUUAAUUGUAAUUUUUAAAUUGUGAAACGAAUCUCUCUAUGAAACACCAAGACAGUUUAAACGCUUUUACAUGUAACUUGUUUCUUAUUACGUGAUUUUGGGAAUGUUAGUUGUAAGUAUUCAAUUAUCACUAGACUUAUCAUGUUUUGUACUUAAACACUGCACUGAAUCAAAACUUAGGCCUAUUGUAAGACUAGAUUGAAUCUUUUCUACGCUUGUUACUAUAGGUUUGUUGUUAGCGGUACUUAAGCUUUAUAUUAUUGAUUGUGUUGUAUACAUUGUUUUAUAAAUGUUAUAAGGCUUUUUCAUGUUUCUCGUUUGUAAGCUUUUUUUAUUUAAUUUUAUAUAUUAUAUAUAUUUGUUGAUCUGUAAUUUUCAGGCAAGCUCAAGCUUUGUAUUUGUUAACCUAGGUUAAGGUUAGUGAUCGCUUAUAUCUGUUUAACUUAAGUUUUAGAGAUAUAUUUUUAGCUAUUGAAUCUUGUGAUUAAUGUCUGUACUGUAUGCCAUAUAUUAUUUAUCCAUUGUAUUGCAUUGUGUUUAACUUUGUAACAGUACUUUACUUGUAUGAUUUUGAUAUAAAAUAUGCCUACAUUAAAGUUUCAUAUAAUUUAA